CCAUUCAACAAAGAACACUCCUCAAAGGAACUUUGGCCUAUUUUUCUCUCGUAAUGCUUUGAUUGAACAACCAUCCCAGCCUGCUAUAAAUGAUGCUUUUAGGACUUGAAAGCAGACUGACUGAUUUAUUCUCUACUUGUAAAGUAUUUCAUAUAGAGCUUCCAGGUAGAUACUUUCAAAAAGCAAAAGAUUUACCAAGAUUCACAUGUUCUGUUGUGAUGCUCCAUAACAUGAGGAAGAGGAUAUUGUGCUGUUUGACUAUAGUGAUGCUGCUCGCAUUUGCCCCAGUCUUUGGGGUUGAUGGUUCGGCUGAAAAUCUAAUUUUUCCUGAACAGUCUGCAACCAGCUACGUGAAGUUGAUACCCAUAAAGGGGAUGAAUCUCAAUGCAUUUACACUUUGUGUUCGAGCUUUCACUGAUCUCAACAGGGCAUAUUCUCUCUUCUCCUAUGCAGCAGCAAACAGUAAUAAUGAGCUACUUUUAUAUGCAAUCUCUAGAUUUAGCUAUGAUGUAAAUAUAGGAAGCAAGGCGAUUCGUUUCCAAAUCAGCAGUGCAAAAGAUGGCUGGAACCAUAUUUGUGUUACAUGGGAGUCCAAAACAGGACUAGUUGGUUUAUGGGUGAAUGGAAUCCCAUCGGUAAGGAAAGGUUUAUUAAAAUCUUACACCAUAAAGGCAGAUGGUGUGGUAGUGCUGGGUCAGGAGCAGGAUUCAGUUGAAGGCUCAUUUAAUGUUGCAGAGUCAUUUGUGGGAGAAAUAAAUGAUGUAAACUUAUGGGAUCAUAUUUUGUCCUCUAAAGAAAUCCGUGCUAUUUACAAUCAGGUCGAGGUUGCUCAUGGCAAUGUGAUUGACUGGCAUACAGUAAAAUAUACCUUAGCUGGUUAUGUUGUAGUAGAAAAAAUACAACAAUAUAGUAACAAUCAAAACAACUGAAGUAAUAUUAAUACAUGACAAAACAAUGUGAUGCUUAUAAAUGUUUUCAUUAAGUUUUACAGAGCAAAUUGAGUUUAAUAUUUUUUUUAGUACUCUAUAUUCAUUGAAUACAGUCACUAAGUUCACUGUGCAGAUUUAUUCACUUCUGUUUAAUGGAACAAACCAAUACGAAAAUAAAGGAUG